GUCGAGCUCAAAGAUCGGUUCCGGGGGCGUCAUAAGCUGUCACGCUUCAUGUGCCACCGAUAUAAAGAGUAUAUCUCGUUGCCUCGUUACAUGUCAACUUAGAUCUAUUUUGCACGAUGACCUCAAACAGUCGAAAUGCUCCAGACAAUUGCCGCUCCGUUGCAGAUUUUGCUUAGCCUCUGGGAGAAUCCUCUUCCUGACGUCCCAUAUGUAUCCUGCUUUCCUACCCUGGGCCUCCUGUCGGAGAAAUGGUCCCAUGAUUUCUACUCCAAGUCGAUGGGAGCUCUUUUUGAUACAGCCGCAGAGGAGGGUGUGUCUUACACAAUGAUCGGCGGGUUGCCCUUGGUAUACCUGCGAGACCCGGCUCUGAUCCGACAGCUGUUUGUGAAAGAUGCCGAGUCGAUUAGCCGGUGUGGAAAUCAGAGUAGAGGUCCCUUUGGAACCGGCAAACGAAUCAUUCGCAAUGCCUUGAUUACCGCUGACGGCGAUAAUGCUCGGCGUUGGCACGCCGAUAUGCUUCGAGGAUUCAGCAAUCGACCGGCCAUGGAGGCGUUUCACCCCAAGAUGUUUUCGAUUGCGACGCGCCAUGUCCAGAGACUUCGGGAGCUUGGCUCGGGCGAUAAUCUUCAAGAGUUUUUGCAAGACUACGCCAUCGACGUGGUCUGGUCCCUAGGGCUCGGGCUGGAGAAUGCCUCUCAACACACAAGAGAUUGGCAUGAGUCAUUUGGGCAAUAUGUGCAGAUGGCAGCGAGCCUAUCGUAUCCUGUCCACCAUGCCAUGCUAAACCUCUUGUCUGGUCGAGAUUUCGCCGAACCCGACCCCCGCGAAGGCGAUCUCCAUCAGAGAAUCGAGACCUGUAUCCUCCAGCUUCUGGAGUCCAACAAGGACAUCCUUAACCCAGACCCCGCGACAACCACCCCAAAUGAGAUGAGCUUCCUUCAGAGGAUCUCCUACGAGACAGGCGGGAGCGCAGCCCAGCCCAUCACUCCCGAUGUUCUCGCCCACGCGAGACAAAUCUUCUCCCACGGCUUUCCCGGCCCGACACUCCUCCUUCUCUGGGCAUUGAGGGAACUAUCUCUUCACUCCGACGUAGAGCAGAAGCUGUGUGCCGAACUCGCACAAAGCAACUGGCAUCAAAACCAGGACCUGAAGCUCCUUUCACGGCUCGCGUACCUGGACGCGGUAGUGAACGAACUGGCCCGUCUCCACCCCCCAAUCCCUACAACCGCACGAGCCAUUGACCGUCCGAUUGCCAUGCAAACACAGUGCUGUACCAGCUUCGUCCUUCCCGAGAAGGCUCGAGUGGCCGUCUCUUUAGAUAUGUUGCAUCACGAUCCCCAGAUAUGGGGUGAGGACGCCGACCGAUUUCGACCAGAGCGAUGGGAAGGCAUCCGCCCAAAUAAGAUGGAGAGCGAGGGCAGUUACUUACCUUUUCUCACCGGACCCAGACGUUGUCCAUGUACCGGGUUCGUCUUACAGCAGGUCAAAGUGUUCCUGGCCGUAUUGUUGUCGGAGACGAAGUUGGAGGUGACAAAUGCGGCCAUGGUAGAGAAGAGAUUGGGUCCGAUAUCCGAGCCAACAAAGCCUCUGAGCUUUGUCAUCAGUCCUUGUUGAAUAUCUUGAGUUAUCUGUGUUGGGAUCGAUAGAUGAAAGAGCCAUAUAAGUUCAGAUGAAUAUUAUUG